AUGUUUUCUCGCAGCUGGAGGCAUUUGUCUCGGCGAUAUUCACAAGCUACUACUUUUAGAACAAAUGAGAAUUCACCUGCUCAACACAAUGAAAAACAAGAGGGUUUGUUCUACACCAUGAAACCUGAACUGUGUAAACAACUCUUCAGUCACGGUGGAUUUCCAAAAAGUUUUAUGCAACAGACUAAGACCUUCACAGAGACUGCAGUUAUGGUGCGACAGCCUGCAUUGGACCUGAUCUCUUGCAUAAGAGCCAGUGAUUUGAAUCAGCCAGCUAUAAGAUAUGUUCUCUAUGGUGAAAAAGGGUCAGGCAAGUCUCUGACAUUGGCUCACGUCCUACAUUACGCCCAUGAAGAUGGUUACCUUAUUGUGCACGUACCUUGGGUUUCGGAGUGGUUGAGACGAGUGCCGCGCCAUAAAGAGAUGUCCAAUUCUCAGACCCACGAGGGUUUCGUCGACCUGCCUCUCGACGCAGCCGCCUGGCUUAUACACUUCAAGAGUCAGAAUCAGACAUUACUGAAAUCCGAAAAUUUGAAGGUGUCUAAAGAGUAUGUGUGGAGUAAACGCGAGAAGACUGAAGCUGGUUCUCCAUUACAUAUGUUGGUCGAACACGGAAUAAAUCGCGUCAAGUACGCUUGUGACGUCGUGGACGUACUCAUUGAUGAGAUCAAGAUGCUGUCCAGUAAUAAACAAUGCAAAACAUUUGUGGCGAUCGACGGUUUCAACAGUUUCUUCUACCCGUUGACGCGACUCAAUACUCCCACCAAAAAGACGGUGAAACCUGAUGAAGUUACACUUACUACAUCCUUUCUGAAACUGACACUUAACGACUGGGCGAAUGGUGUUAUAGUAGUAACUGCAGACCAGUUAGCAGUUCCCGAUGACCAUCAAGAAAGUUUCCUUCCAAGAUACUUACUGUACAAAAAGGGCUUUGACCACUUAGACCCAUUUGUGCCAAUUGAAGUAGGCAAAUAUAAUGAAAAAGAGUUCCAAAGCUGUGUGGGAUACUACAGAGACCGGCUGUGGCUGAGAGGACCUCCCGAAGUUGAGACAGAAUUAAAGUUCACCAGUGCAUGCAACCCCUACAGGUUUAUGGAACAGUGUGCACCAUUGUAA